UGUUUGUUGUUUUUGUUUUGUUUGUUUUUAAACUUUAUUUGCAAUUUAUUCUUUGCUCGGCAGAUAUAAGUUCCGAGUUUUUGAUUUUCACUUCUGCUAAAUAAACUUUGAACUGAGUUCCGCAUUAUCAGGAGGAGGUAAAGCAAUAUGAACAUUAUAGUCUCCAGAACGAGGCUCCUCCUUAUCAUUGUGUCACUGUGCACCCUGCCCGGCACCAUCUCCCAGGCUAUGGGGAGCGAGUCACGCCAGCCCAUGGCUUCCCGGCCUCCUGCGGUCCUGAUAAUCGGCUCCGGUAUCUCCGGCAUCGCAGCCGCUCACAAGCUCUACACACACGGCUUCCGAAAUCUGAAGGUCCUGGAAGCCAAGGGGAGAACCGGGGGCCGAAUCUGGAGUCAGAGUUACGGUAAAGGAUUUGUUGAGCUUGGUGCACAGUGGAUUCAUGGCCCAUCACCUGGUAAUCCAAUAUACCAGCUGGCAUUGAAGUAUGCCCUGCUAGAUCCUGAAGCAAUGACUAUGGAGAACCAGAAAGUGGAGGUAGAUGGUCACCUACCUCUCUUUCACAUCUCUUACGGUAGCUCUGGCAAAAUAGUCAGCCGAGAACUUGUGGCAAAUAUUACUGAACAGUAUUCAUCUUGGCUGGAGCAGAGCCGGAAUGUCAGCCAAAAGGACUGUGACCCAAAAGCCAGUGUUGGUGGCUUCCUUCAACAGAAAAUUGCUAGUAAAGCUAAGGAAUGGGACUCGGCAAACAAAGACAUGAAACUGGCUUUGUUUAAAGGGAUGCUGGACCUUGAGUGCUGCAUUUCUGGAACCCACAGUAUGAACUAUGUGGCCCUCUGUCCGUAUGGGGAAUACACGAUGUUGCCGGGGUUGGACUGCACCUUUCCUGGGGGAUUUGAAAGCGUUGUUAACCAACUUAAGUCGCCACUCCCUAAUGACAUGAUAUUACUUAACAAAACAGUGAAAACUGUCCAAUGGAAUGGGACCUUCCAGGGCAGCGACUCUCAGAUGUAUCCCGUGCAGGUGCAGUGUGAAGACGGAGAGACAUUUGAGGCUGAUCAUGUGAUUGUCACAGUCUCAUUAGGUUUCUUAAAGGAGAAAGCAUCAAGCUUCCUAUCUCCUGCUCUGCCACCAAAUAAAGCUCAGGCUGUCCAGAAUGUGGGAUUUGGAACAAAUAAUAAAAUUAUUCUAGAAUUUAAGGAGCCAUUUUGGGACCCUGAUUGUAAAACAAUCCAGUUAAUAUGGGAAGGAGAAUCUCCCCUUCUUGAAACCAAAAGAAAUAUGAAGCAAGAUUGGGUGAAGAAGAUUCCUGGAUUUGUUGUCUUGGAGAGACCAGAACGGAUUGGUCACAUGCUCUGCUCCUUCAUUGCAGGAGACGAGUCUGAGUAUAUGGAAACUCUGACAGAUGAUGAGGUUCUUUCCUCUAUGACUGCUUUGCUGAGACAGUUUACAGGGAUCCCUGAACUUCCUGCUCCAAUCCAUAUGCUUCGCACCAAAUGGCACAGUGAGCCUUAUACCCAUGGCUCUUACAGCUACAUUGCGGUAGGAUCUUCAGGAGAUGAUAUAGACAUCCUGGCACAGCCACUUCCCAAUGAGGGAGCAAAGCCUCUGCAGGUCCUUUUUGCUGGAGAAGCCACACACAGAAGCUUUUAUUCUACAACUCACGGUGCUUUAUCGUCUGGCUGGAGAGAAGCUGAACGUUUGAUUGGCCGAUAUCAAGAGCUCGACUCUUUACUUAACAAGUCCAAACUUUAAGUUCUCCCCUAUACAUUUUAAAAUUGCAUUAACAAUGCAAUCAUUUUAUUUUGCACUGAUGAAGAUAUAUGCAUUUAUUAGUGCAAGCAAAUAAUUCUGUAUAAUUCAGGGUCACUGGUGAGUCUUAACUCUUUCAUUGUCUCUAUUACCACACUUUAGUGGUGGAAUAUGAAGGUUACAAACAAAUUCGUUAGUAUAUCUAUUAAUUUAUGACAAGCAAGUAAGCAACUGAAUGAACCUCUUUGCUCCACUGCUGCCCUGGACACAACCCAUACCAUAUGAAAAGAAAAUAUGACAGAGCUGUGGGUACUGUGUAUCUUUACAUGGCUUCUGUCAUCAAAUGUGUAAAAGAAGAGACUCCCAUGAAUUUUAUUAAUCAGCUAUUAGUAGCACAACCUCAUAUCUCAUAGUUCUAAUAGUUACUAAUCUAUAUACUAUUACUCAUCCUGUAACAUAAUAAAACAUUAUUGUAAAAUAU